AUGUCAUGUUCAUGUCCUUACGCACUCACUGAGGAUGGGAUCGAGAAGAAGUUUGUUACAAACCAUUUGCGUGACUUUUUGUUAACAAAUCUUCUACUUGACAAGAUGAAAAGAAUAGUGAAGUGGGCAGGCGUCAAAGGACGCAUUAUGAAUGUCUCAUCUCUAGCUCAUGUGAAUACAUAUAUGGAAGGAAUACACUUCGACAAAAUUAAUGAUAAGGAUAGUUACAAUGAUAAAUUGGCAUAUGGACAAUCCAAAAUGGUCAAUGUAUUGCACGCCAAUGAACUUGCUAGGUGCUUGAAGAAUGUACCUCUGGAAGUAAUAACCACAAGCUAUGUUGUGUUGCAUCCAAAUCUCAAGGGUGUGACUAAGAAAUACUUCAAUUAUUUCCAUGAAGAGGAUACAAGUGCCCAUGCCAAAGAUGAAGAACUAGUGAGAAAGCUUUGGGAUCUUGAGUUGCAACAAUAUGUACAAAUAGUUGGUGGGCAUCAUAGUGAAAUCUAG